GCCGGUUUGAGGAACGGACAUCGCUGGACCUCACCAAACUGAUUCUCAGAUCAGGGCCACUAUAUUAUUUGGGCAUAUAUUCCAAGGCCUCUGAUAACCACUAGGCCUCAUUUCCAAGAUGGCGGAUCGCAGCAGAUCUCCUUCCCGGGCUUCUGCCUCGCCCUCCCAAGGACACCUUACUAGCGUGGCUCCUCCCCCUCACAAGAGCAGAUCCAAAUCAAGGGCUUCUGCCACCAAAUCUAAGUCUUCUACUUCUCUCCAAACCUCUGCUGCUGCAGAGAGAGAUGCCUCCAGAAGACAACGGGCCUUGGAUAGGCAAUUUGAUAAAGCAAAACAAAAAUUAGCAGAGGAAGGCAGGGAAACUUCUGUUCCACUAACUGAAGAUUCUCCUCUAUUAAAUCAGCCUGGAUGGUCUCCCACUAUCCCUAGUGGUUCAGGAGAAAACCAGGAAACAAUUUGUACAGUUUUUGGAGAUUCUUCUAGAGCCAUGCCUGAGCCCCCACAUCAGGCACCUUCUGCCACCUUCACUCCCACAGCAGCGGGAGUCUCCCACAGAGAGGACAGUAAUCCUGCCAUUUCUCAGGAUAUACGUCAUCUUAUCAUGCAAACCAUUUCUCAAGGCAUUGACAAUGCCUUCACUCAGAGAGGUUUCCCAGCUCCAUCUCCUUCGGGCAGCUCUGACCAAAGACCCCAUUCUGAUAGCCACCCACCCAGACUAUGCGCGCUGCGCACACGCUCUCCAACCCCUUCACACCAUAGUGAGGACUCCUUUUUGGGGGAGGAAGACAUAGCAGAGUAUAAUCUGUCUGAAGACGAAGAGUCUGCCCCAGACAAACCUGCUCCCACCGGCCUUUUUCGCCAUGAGCUUUUCUACACAUUACUACACAAGGCAAAAGUUACGGCCAACAUGGGGGUUGCCUUACGCCAAUCUGAGGGAGCUUCAGAUCCGUCAGACCCCAACAAAUUCCUCUUUACUGAACCAGUCUCAGAGCAACGGGUAAUUCCUUCACCCAAGCUCUUCUUGGACACCAUCCAACGUCAAUGGGGUCACCCUGGUGCCAUUCCUACUCCUAGUGGCUCAGACAAAAAGAUGUACAUGACGGAUCAAGAUCUUGAGGACCUCCUCAAGGUUCCUACCGUAGACACCCCAAUUGCCACUUUGGCUUCUUCCUCCAACAUUAUACCUUCAGAUGCAGCAGAAGGUCUCCGAACGGAGGACCGCAGAGCGGAACUCUCCACCCGCAAAACCCAUCAAGCGGCUGCCUGGGCUAUCAGAUCUGCCACAGCAGCCUCAUUCUUUGCUAGAACCUCUUUGAUAUGGCUCAGACAAAUGCAGGAGAGGAUUCCUCAGAUUUAUUUGCCGCCUUUAACAGGGAGGAUGAAAAGACAGCAGACUUUGAUGGGUUUCUUGGCCAAGAAACCAAAACUUGAACAACAGCCAGCAGAAGUGGAACAAAAACCAUUCCCAGUGCCACAAGCACCACCACCUGAAAACAGAGAAAGAAGCAAAUCAAGUACAGAGUCAUCUGCGAUACCCGAAAUCGGAAGAAUUCUUCCAGACUGCUGGACCAUACAACAGUACAGCUACUUCCAAGAGAAGUAUGAUGAGUUGGAAGAAACUAGGUUGCACAUACUGUACAAAACAUGGCUUCGCAGUGGAGAGCGUUAUUCAUGUGUCCAAAGAGUGGAAGCUUUUCAAGUUUGA